AUGGCGUGGUCACCUCCCCGGUCGGGGCCCUUAGUGGCCCUUGUGGCCCUCCUUUUCCUCGGUUUGACUUCCAGCAUCCCAUCUGGCCCAGCCUCUGAUACCUGCGCCACCCUGGAGCAGAGCCGCUUCUUCGGGCUGUUCUCUUCGACCGCCAACCUGCCCUCCACACCGUGCUCCUGGACCCUGCAGAACCCAGACCCUCGCCGCUACACCGUCUACAUGAAGAUCACCAAGCCCACCGACUCCUGCCUGCCCCGCCAGGUCAAGACCUUCCAGUUCGACUCCUUCAUCGAGACCUCUCGCACCUACCUGGGUAUGGAGAGCUUUGAUGAAGUCGUCCGAUUGUGCGACGCUUCAACGUCUGUAACCUACCUGGAGUCCAGCAAGCAGUUCCUGCAGCUCCGUAAGGUGGCGCCAAGACACAACCUGGAGAUUGUGGAGGGAGACAGCAAUGGUGAGUUCAAGGCCGAGUUCCUGGUGGUGGGCAAGAGGAACCCCAGUAUGCCAGCGUGUCAGAAGCUGUGCCAGUGGCUGGAUAAUUGUUUGUCCACCAGCACCCAUCCCAACCCCUGUGGCAUCAUGAACACCCCUUGCCAGUGCUGGGAGACCCCUGUCAGGAAGCCAGGUGGCUGCUACCGUGGAGGCAUCUACCAGGAGGAGUGCAUCCCAACUCCCAGAGACACUGGACGUGACAUUGUACGCGACGCCGAGAUCAUAAGUGAGUAGAGUUACCACCACCUAACCUGCUUAUUGUGUAAUGCUCAAUGUCCACGACUGUUAUUGUGUAAUGCUCAAUGUCCACGACUGUUUUUGUUAUCCCAUCCACUAGAGUCUAGACUAUAUCUCAGUCUGGCUGAUUGGAGUCAUGUUCCCUUGGAAGCACAGCCUCCCCAUGCUGACCCCAACUAAUCAACCCUACCUCAAACUACCUCACACACCCCUCCCCCUGUUAAUGAUCUAAAUUCUAGAGGGAAAGAGAACGUGGGGUUCUGAUGAAGAUGUUCCCUUUGCUGCACCAGUAUCAUAAGGCAUAAAUGAAGGGUAUUAAGAAGAGACUGUGUGGCUCCUUAAGGGCUAAGUGGUCAGAUCGCUCCCACUGCAGACAGUGUAGUGCCAAUUCGUUUUCAUGGACUGCGGACAAGUUUGCUGGCUCUUUGCUGGGGGAUUGAGGGAUGCGAGAGGCACACACACAGUGUACACAAAGCCCUCACAGUUAGCUGGCACAGGAAAUCGAAGCCAAGCACUUGCAGUAACCGUAGCAACGCACCAGCCUUGCACACCGUGCUUUCCAUGGCGCUGGAAAGCAAACGUUCAUUUCAAAUGAAAACCUUUUAUCUUGCAUGGCUUCUCACAAAGAGCUGUCCUUGUGCAUUUCUCCUCAGCUCCCUGACAGGCACAGUAAUGACCAGCUUCCAGUUUUUACAUCGAAAUCCUUGAGAACACUACCUGAAAAACCAUUUACAUUCUUACUGAACUGUAGCAAUUUCUAUAUCUCCAUUUCUGAGCAGUAGGGCUUUUUAAGAAAGAGUUAAGCUCCAUCCACAUUUAUAUACCAUUGUCUUUGGACUUGUGUAUCAUGCCAUGUGCCUCUUCUUUCUCUCUCCUGCAGAGAGCUGGAGUGGAUGGGGCCGUUGGUCUGAGUGCAGUAUGGAGUGCGGGGGUGGAGUCCAGGUGCGCAGCCGAGCUUGUCAUCCAGAGGAUAGUGUGUGUGAAGGCGUGGUCGAAGAGGGGCGGGUCUGCAACCCUCAUCCCUGCAUUGGUGAGUCUACCUGUCAAUCUAGCUGUCUGUUUGUUUUCUUGUAAGUCUGUAAUGUCCAACCUACUGUCUGUCUUUGUGUUGAUGUGUUUGGAAGCAGCUUGAGUUUCAGCUCACUAAUCAUCCUUUACCUCCACAGGUCAAGUGCGCGCCCGUAGCCAAGCCCUGGCUUCCAUUGUUGGCCUGAAAAGAGAAAACGCUGAUGUUCCUAGCACUGGAGUCGUGGCCCUUCAAACAGGUGAGACCCACAUUCUGGGGAUAAAGGAUAACCGGUAGAUAAUUUGCUUGUUUGUGAUGUAUAGUGGUACGGCUGCCAGACCUUUAACGCUGACUCUUUGAUCCUGACCUUUGUAGUGGACUCUGCUGCGGUUGCAGAUGAGUGGUCCCCCUGGAGUGUGUGUUCAGUGAGCUGUGGAGAGGGCUGGCAGGCCCGCACCCGUUUCUGUGUUACCUCCUCCUACAGCACCCAAUGCACCGGCCCCCUCCGCGAGAACCGCCCCUGCAACAACACCAUGGUCUGCCCCGGUAAGUGGUGGCUCAUUUACCAGGGCGUGUUUAGGGUGGUGUUUAGGGUGUCUGUGUGUAUGUGUGUGUGUGUGUGUGUGUGUGUGUGUGUGUGUGUGUGUGUCUCUAGACAGGUUGCCAACUAUGGUAAAGAUCACAACUCCACCUAGUGGAUAGCUCAUGAAAUUGUCCCCUCCCUGAACUCACAGUCAAUACCCAAAGACCCUACAACUCAGUUACCUACGAAUAAUGCAUAUUCAUUUUGAGGGCAAAUAAACCAUAACUGUAAAAAUGUAUGUUUGGUGACAUGGUCUGAAUUUUUCCUCUUGUUUUCAGUUGAUGGAGCUUGGGACGAGUGGUCCCCAUGGAGCCUGUGCUCGUCCACCUGCGGCCGUGGUUACCGUGACCGCACCCGCACCUGCAAGCAGCCCCAGAACGGAGGAGAACCCUGCAAGGGACCUAUCAAACAGACCAAGUUCUGCAACAUCGCAGUCUGCCCAGGUUAGCCUUAUUACUUACUCAUGAUAUAUGCCACUUAGCUGACUCUUUUAUCCAAAGCAACUUACAACAGUGAGUGCAUACAUUUAAGUAUAUGUGACCCUAGCCGGAAUUGAACUCACAACCCUAACUCAGCCACACAGGACCACUUACUUACUCAUCUUAAUGAGCAUAUAUUUGUCAAUGGGUUAGCUUUGUCACUGACCCCUGUGGGAAGAACUCUGACUGACUAAGAUACUUUCAUUUUCAAGGCUUCUCUCUUUCCUCCUUCCUGACUUCCUACCCAUUCUAACUCACAUCUAAAUCCUUUAGUAGUGGUGGUUAUCAUGGGGAGUAAAGUGUUGGUUUGGCAUCACAUCUGACGUAUUGUAUCUGCAGAACAAAUGCCUGCAGGACUUAGUCAUGGACUAUACAGGCAGUGAGUCAUACACUCCUCAUGGUCAUCCUCACCACACACACAGUUCUCUCUCUGGUGAUACAUACACACCGCCCACUGACAGUGAAUGGUUAGUCCUCUUCUCUCUCACCUGAAUAUUUAGUCAAUCUGGUACUUAGAUGUUUUUGUAAUUAUAAUAACAAUGGCUUUUUAUUUGCAAUUCCAUUGUUCACUUAGCACAUAACUGAUUUUCUGCCGCUCCUCAAUACAACUGAGUUAAUUAAUUGAAUGUGCCUGGCCAUGUAGUUUCAUACUGUGGACAGCAGGUGGCAACAUGCACCACCAAGAGAAGACGGCUCGAAAUGACUGUCAUUACCUUGGGAAAAUCAAAUUUCUAACGCAAAAAACACAUUUCACUUUUUGAGGACAAUUCAUCUUUAAUAAUCUUUUUGGCACUUAAAAUAUUGAUUUGCCUUCUAAAAGAACAAUUAUAGAAUAGCCAGACUCAAAAAUGUCAUUAUCCUUUUUUGGUCUCUUUGCUAUCCAUUGAUAAUUAUCAUGAUUAAUUAAAUUUCUGACACAUUUUCUUGCCAUUUGGAAGACUGUUAUUUUAUAAAUGAAAUUUAUGAAAUUCAAAGCUGACUUUUGUUUUUAUUUCAAACUGUCUUUUCAUGUAUUUUCACCAGGUCAAUUUUCCUCCUUGCCCACCCAAGAAUAGACAAAGAGGACAGUUCUUAGAGCAGCAUUAAAAGUAAAGUGUUGCGCUGUAUCAAGUCCCCCAUCCAUUCCCAUUAGAACAAAACACUAGACUUGGCAGUGAGAAAAAAGGCUCCUGCUCACCCAUGUAGGCUGAAGGGAUCACUUAAUGAGGUGGAACUCUGGGAGCGAUGGAAUCUGAUGUAUUCCAAAAAAUCUUAAUUGGGCCUGCCUUCCUGUGUUGGGAAACAUUGGCUGCAUCUCAAAUGGCACCCUAUUCCCUAUAUGGUGCACUACUUUUGACCAGAGCCCAUAGAAUAGCUAUAGGGCUCUGGUCAAAAGUAGUGCACUAUGUAGGGAAUAGGGUGCCAGUUGGGACGUAUCCAUUAGAAAAAUAGGCCCAUCAUCUUUCUUCCCAUACGACACAUAGUAGUAGGCCUAUGUUGACCUGCAUUGAGCGAGCGGACAUUUUUCUCCCUUUAAAUACAGUACACUUGAUGAGGCUUUCCAGCGACUGGAGGUUUUGUGUGUCGUUUGAGUAUAGGCAAUUGGUUGGGGAGGCAUUUAGAGUUAGAGACACCUGCAGUGGUGCAUGAAGGACAAACGAGAACAGAAUUUGGGCCUUCACUACUACUCAGUCUCAAAGUAGAACAUGUUAAAAUGUUAAUAGCAUCUCUGUGCCAUGAUGAUUACUGGCCCGAGGCUUGAUGGUGUCCUAAUUCUCCACCUCCCUCUCUGGUUCCCUCUAGUGGACGGUGCCUGGAAUGAAUGGUCCGGUUGGACCACCUGCUCUGCCUCUUGCUCCAAUGGCACCAAGCAGAGGACACGUGAAUGCAACGGACCAUCCUACGGAGGCUCGGAGUGCCGUGGUGAUUGGCGUGAGACCAACAACUGCUUCCUGAAAGAUUGCCCAGGUAGAUAGCUAGCACCACCAAGAUUGGAAUGGAGACCUCUUUUGUCAUAAUAAGUUGUCAAGUACCCAGUUCCAGGCAUAGUCUAUGGGUAAAAGGCCAGUAUUGGGUAUUGUGGCUAUUGGUCAGUCUGUUGAAGGUCAGGGGAUAACAUUUGUUUUGUCUCUCUCUAGUUGACGGACGCUGGUUAUCAUGGAGCUCAUGGGGAAGCUGCAGUAAGACCUGUGGGGGAGGAAGCAAGCAGAGACAGAGGAUGUGUGAAGGACCUUACUUUGGUGGAGAGCCUUGCCCUGGAGACAGAGGGGAGCUGAGACGCUGCAACGAGAAAAGAUGCCCAGGUCAGUGAGUCAAAACAAACAUGGCUGACAUGUGGGAUGCAAUACAAUUCAGUGGUUCAACACAAAACAAUAGUAUUCAAAUACAACUUGACCACAGAAAACCAAGCAAUACUUUGAUUCAAUGCAACAAAAUAUGCAACCAAGUCUCCCUCUCUUCUCUUCAGAACCCCAUGAGAUCUGUCAGGAGGAGACCGAUGGUGAUGUUGUGUGGAAGAGAACCCCAGCAGGAGACAUGGCUGCCGUGACCUGCCCUACAGAUUCCACAGGUCAGUACAUUAACACAUGUAGCCCAUUAUUCUUAUAAGACAUACAUGUACUUCACAUGUUUAAGUAAUGUUAUCAUCCCUGUGUAUGAUCAUGCUGACCUCCAGUACUCUGUAAUACACACAGGCUUGAUCUUGCGCCGAUGCACCCUUGGCGCUGUAGGCCUUGCUUAUUGGGAGAACCCGACCUACAUCAAGUGCAUCUCCAAGAACUACCAGGACAUUUCCACAUUGGUAAGUUGACUAUACCAGAAAGGAGUGUCUGGAGAUCUUCCAACAAACCUGCUAGUUAUGAUCAUCUAUUGUUGGAUCACACAAAUAGUAGUCAAUCCUUUCAACUCUGAAGAUGUUGCCCUUAAAGUCAUAACUACAAACCCUUAGAGAUGGGGCUCAUUACAAUGAUAGAUACCUAAUAUGAAGACAGUUCAAAACACAUCUCCACCACCUAUGAUUUCCCGGCAGUGUACUCAAGCUACAGUGUAUCAGUACACUAGCUAGAGUAUCAAACUGCUAAUCAACCCAGAGCCCUCAAACUCAAUUCUGGAACACAAAGCCAGUUCCACUGUAUUUUUUAAUUGUUCCCCUCUAAUCAGGGACUGGUUAAGACCUGAGACACCAGGUGCUUGCAAUUAAAUAUCAGGUAGAACAGAAAACCAGUAGGCCCCAGACCUCGUAGGGUAAGAGUUGAAUACCCCUGACCUAGAGUGUGACCUCUCUACUUACCCUCCCUUCCUAUAGGCCCAGGAUGGUGUUGAUAAGGCUAAGAAGGGCUUGAUGACUGAUGGGAUUUCUGAGGUGAUCUCCCGACUGAGGGCCACCUCUGAUGAGGGGACCAAGUACAGUGGAGACCUGCUGUCCAUCAUGGAUGUCCUCAGGAACACCACUGAGAUCUACAAAGGAGCUGGAUAUAGCCUGAGCAAUGCUGAUGUGGAGGUCAGUCAGAAAUACUGUGUUGCUUUUGAAUUAAGCAUUGAAAAUAAAAUUGCAAUGUGUAUUGUCACUCACACAGUGUAAGUUAUUCAUUUUGCCAUGUGUAUGCCCUAACACUCCUCCAGCAAAGUAUGAUUUGGCCUUUAUUUGAUCAAGUCUAAUACUAUCGCUCAUAUCUCCUCUUCUACAGAACUAUGCACAGACAAUCAGCAACUUACUGAAGGAGGAACAUCAUGACAAAUGGGAGGAGGCACAGCUGGUGAGUGACAAGUUCUGACAGCAGAGUAUUUAUGAAAUGCAACAUAUUUUUACGUGUUAGUGUUUGUGUGUAUGACUGUGUAACUGAGAAAAAGAGUGGAGGAGAAGGUUUUUCUUCCUUUGUCAGGUUUUUGUAACUAAGUGUGAGUGGAGGAGAAAGUUUGGUCUGUGUUGAUGUCAAGUUGUUGUAAGCGAAUGGGGGGAAAUAGUGGUAACUGGUGAUACCUCAUUAUCACCCCAAAAACCCCAUUCAGUUUCCUACCAUGGAAGGAAUAGACACCAUAGUAAGAACAGGACACUCAGAGAAAGAAUGGGCAAAAAUGUGAGAAUAUUGAUUAAGAAAGGAACAGGGCAUGUGUCGUUUCAAUCCACACCCCCUUGACUUCCCUCACACCCCCCCCCCCCCCCCCCCCCCCCAUACUGAAGAUAGUGUUAGGAGCAUGUUUUUCAAUCCAUUAAGGAUAGCACACCAGCAUACUAUCUGACUCAUGUGUGUCUCACAGGGACCAUUACAUAUAGGGAUAAGUAGAAAUCCAUGUGACUCGUUUUUAGCAUCUUGUGCUCUGAAUCAGAUGUGCCUCUCGAGAAUUGUAAGGAAGCCUCUUGGCGUUUUUUAUCAUUUGUCAUGACAUUUUGCUAUAUGUUGAUUUUGUUACUUGAAAACCCUGUUCAAGUUAACUAUGGCCUCCAGCCUCAUGGAUAGGAUUAGUCAGGUUGUUAUUGUAAUAGAGAUUGUGUUCUCAAUAACCUACCUGGUUAGAUAAAGGUAAUACAUAUAUUAGUAUGGAAAACUCAUGUCACUAAUAAAAAGGCCCCACAUUCAGGGAAUAACCAUUUGCUUGUCAAAUUGAAGAUGAACUGAUUACGAAUUAGCAGUGUGUCAGUUAGGAGAGAGUUAACGCUCGGGGCAGAGAGAAAGAGCAAGGCAGGCAGGGAGAAUCACAACGCCCACCCUCCAAUCUGUGCGUCUCCAUACCAACCCACAGACCAUGGUCGUUGUAAAGAAGGGACACAUAUACAGACACUGUACAAUAUGUAUUACACAGAUAUACACACACCUUUUCGCCCACAUCGCUACAGUUCUGCGUCAGAGAGACGCAAGAGCCCUCCCUCCCAUCCACAGAGAACAGAGAGAAAAAGAGGAGAGUGAAUCAACAGCCUGCUGCCUGCUGCCCAUAUAUGGCCCUCCGGAAGUUAGGAAGCUCCAAUGUUGAUGAUAGUGCUUUUCACUGCUCAGGAACAUUAGUAUUGUGAAAGAAUAAGAUACAGUAUGAAAGCCAUUGCAUAUACAGUGCGGUAUAAGGCCUAUACAUUCAUUGUUCCUCUUUAAGCACAGCAUAGAUAAGCAAUGCUAUGAAAAACGAAUAGUCUCCCAGCCGGCAAAACUGGCAUUGUAAUAAUGACGCAAUUUCAAUCAGAUAACAACAAGUUCUGGUUGUAAAUGCGUUGUAAUGACGUUAAUUCAAACAACUUCAAACAAUCCGUGGAUGUUUAAGAUUUUCCUUUAUAUAAAUGUAACGUUAUGGUCUCCCCUCCUUUCUUUCUUUCUUCUCUCUCCCUCCUUCCACCUAUCUCUCCUCUAGAUGGGCGCUAACGUCAAGGAGUUCUUGCAGCUCGUCGAGGACUUUGUGGACAUGAUCGGUAUGCAGAUGAAGGACUUCCAGGACAUUUAUGAAGUCACAGAGAAUUUAGGUGAGCCCCAAAUUGUCCCUGCCAGCAGCUCUCUGCUUUACCUUUAUCCGGCCACAGAGUGCAUCAAUCUUAAUCAUGUCACUGAAGAGAAUAUCUAGAUUAGCAGGGGAAAAAAUGAUCUGUUAUCACUUUGACAUUUUUGCAGGCCCGUUUGUAGCUAUCCAUCUUCUAGAUAGCACAAAACCAUAGCAUCUGAAAAAUGUCAAAAAUCUCAUCAAAUCCAAUUUUAUUCGUCACAUGCUUCGUAGACAACAGGUGUUGACUAACAGUUAAAUGCUUACUUAUGGGUCCUUUUCCAACAACACAGAGUUCAAGAUAAGAUGUUUUAAAAUGUAAAUAGUGACACAAGGAAUAAAUAUACAGUGAAUAACUAAUAAAAAUAAAGAGUAAAAAUAACAUGGCUACAUAAAGGGAGUAGAAAAUAACAUGGCUAUAUACAGGGAGUACCAGUACCGAGUCGAUGUGCUAGAUGCAAAUAUAAACCCCAUCCUGUAUGUUACCAGUUACGUGGGAGGAAGCUAGAAUCAGAUUGGGUUUUACAUAAGCUCUCAGAAAAGACACAUACUUUCCAAACUGUAGAACUCACACGUAUUUUUUCUCAUUGCGACAGCAAUUUCUUGCCAUGUCGUUUUAGCAAAGGUGACAUUCACAGUCCCAGUUCACACAGGAUUCAGCAGCAACUCCUCCAGACAGUUAAAGACAUGACACAUGACGCAUGAAGCCAUAGCUGUCCUUGGUUCCUCUUGUUCAGAGUUCAAUGAAAUGAUUCUUCACUUACCAGACCCUAAAGGAGUCGCAGUAUCCUAUACACACCAUGUAUUCCAGGGACACUCUUUGACACAACACCUUCCAUCUCUUUUUCUCCUCUCCAGUGUUGAGCAUCCAUAAGCGCCCCACAGCCAUGACCACUGACUUCACCUUCCCAGUGAAAGGAUGGAGAGGCAUGAUGGACUGGGUCAGGACCUCAGAGGAGAAGAUCACUGUCUCCCGCGACGCUCUGUCCAUCGACCAGUCUGGUGAGAAUGGCAUACUGUAUUUAAAUAGUGUACAUUCACAACCACUGAUGCAUACAUUGUACAAAUAGUCUACAGAUACACAUGUAUGUAUGUAUUUGUAUAAAGAAACCGAUAGAAGACAGUAAAACAAACAAUUCUAGGAAGUCUCAAAACACCUUGAAGCUCUCGUCUGUUCUUGUUGACAGCCACUAUUUUCUUCUCUACUUGUGAAUAAUAAUAAUAAUUGUGUGUUUUGUCUGUUACAGAGGGUACCACUGCAUUUGUGACCGGGAUCGUUCUAUACAGAAACCUCAGCUCUAUCCUGUCCUUCCAAAGGUAAGACUUUCCUACUGAAUGACUCAUACUCUAUACUAGUACACUUUUACAGUGCCCUCUUGAUACACUUUGGGGAAGGUAGACUUUCCUCCAUUGAAACCCAGCAGGCACGGGACUGAUUUACAGGCAUAUGGUUACUCACUGUACAAAUCCCAUUAAAACCAUUUUAGCAUUCCACUGAAGUAUUCACCGUUGAUUGCCAAGGAAUCACGUCAAAUACUGGAAAUACUCCAACAGUACAUUACCAAUACUGUGCUUUUGUUUGACCAAAUGUCCUGUCUCUUCUCUCCUCAGUAACAGCAGCGUACUCAACUCUAAGGUAGUCACGGUUAUGGUCAAGCCCACCCCAGGUCUGCUGUCCACCCCAGUGGAAAUCGAGUUCCCCCACCUCCAUAAUGUAAGUUCCCAUUGGAUACCCACCUAAUGGCCCUUUAGAACUACAAAUCCCUUAUGGGUAUUGUAUUUUUUUUUAAACAAGCAUCUAUACAGUACAUUAAGUCGCAUUAAUAAACCUGCGUCAUUAUGGUAAUGAGGAGUGGCCAUUUUUAGUCCAGUAGGUGAGGUUAGCGUGAAAGAAACGUUGGAUGGUGUUUAGCGCCAUGCUGUUGCAUCUCACACAUAUGGUUAUAGAUGGAGGAAUCCAAUUGUACAUCCCACGCAUUUAAUUUUUCUUAGAUCCUUACCCCGCCUUUUCUAUUUUUCCAGGACACCAUCAAUGAAACUUGCAUCUCCUGGGAUGAGCGUGAAACGUAAGUGGUGACUAAUGUUGUUUACAUCCCAUUUGUGUAUUUACAUUCAUAAAUGUCCACAUUUUCAUAAUUCUGUCAACCCAGUUGGUGAUAGUUGAUUAUUCCUGAAAGCUCAAAGAUCCAUUCACUCCUGCUUCUAUCACUUUAUAUGAGCAUUCACCCUUUAGCUAUAUAAGUCACUGUGAUGCAGUAGUGUUGCAUCUCUUGUGAUGUCAAUCAUCUGGACAAGCAGGGACAAAGCAUCAAUAGACCAUGUUGACAUGACCCAUCUCUCUGGGCUUUAGGGGUAGCAGCCGCUCUUAUCCUCAGAGUCCCCUGUGACACCUUUCACUGAUCAACAAGUCAUCUGGAUCCAUUCAUACCACACUAACUAGACAGGGACACAACACAGAGGCAACAUUGAUGUAAAGUUUAAUUCUGAGUAUAGCUAAUCAUCCAAAGACAAUGGCAACUCUUCUUCUCCCAUCUCUCCCGUGUCUAUUUUGUCAUUUUAGAGGUUAAUAGAGGUUAACAGGAAGUGACACAUUGACUUUUUAAAAGAUGUUUAGAUGUAUUUUAAUGCAUCAUGAAUACCCCCCGCAAUUCCACUUAUUCCCAGCCCUGUAUCUAUCACCGUGGGGCUUAGGGUGGAUCCUAAAUGGCACCUUAUUCCCUAUAUAGCGCACUACUUUUGACCAGAGCCCAAUAGGGACUAUAGGGAAUAGGUUGCCAUUUAGAUUUGUACACUUGUGGAGCUCAGAUAAGCACAGCAAUGCAUUCAGCUGAGGCCCCAUCCACAUCCACAUCCCUUCCCUUCCCACCUGAGAAAAGCAGCCCAAGUCAAAAGAGUGAAGAAAAAAAGAGGAAGAGGAGAAAAUGUAAUUAACUCAUACACUUUCAGAAGGGACGGGGGUAGGAGAAGGGAGGGGGUACAUGCCUCCAGCCAAAUUAGAUUCAUUUUAGACAGCGGAUGUGAUUAAUGCCUAGAUGGAGGGAGGAGAGGGGGAAAUGGUAGAGAGGGAGAGAGGGAGAAGCCCUGGAUCAGAGUUUGGGUCAAUGUUUAUUUUGUGGAGCAGCACUUGCUUGGUUUUGAGGCAGGCUCACUGGGGAAAUGCCAUUAUUCAAGAUGUCCAUCCAUGCCCAACUGUCUAUGCUAUGCUACAGACACACAGAAGGAACAAUGCCUAGUCUACCCUCCACUUCACCUCACAAUUUCUAACCCAUCUGGGCGAUCUGAGAAAUCUAACAGGCAAGCAGGCAUUAAACUGUCCUGGCAGCAAAGCAAAGUCUCCUCUCCCAAUUGACUUUCCUGUUGACUGCAGUGACUACUGCUAUUUCCUCAUAGUCUCCCUAUGAUGCUUGAGAGUGUGUGGACUCAUGUCUGGGUAGGAGGGCUGGCUGGUGGUGGUGCUCUAUUUUAACAGGAUCACAGCCUUUCGCUCAGGCAGGCUCACCAGUUUGUGCCCAGGGCCAUGGUUCAACACCUCACACCCAUUCUCACUCCCUUCUCUCCUCCUGACACUCACAUCAUGUGAAACACUGCAAGGCGGCAGCAUCUGCUGCUGCACAGUGCAGCCAGAUAACUUUACCCCCAUGUGUCAUAAUAGGGACUGUGUCACAGAACUAAAUGUAGGAAAAGGGAUUGUUGCUGUCUGAGAUUGUUUAUUACAAUGUAUUUUAGUCAUUGAUGACAAGACUUUGCCCUUUGUCUCAAUACCUAAAACUGGAUAUUCUGGGAUGAAAAUCCAUAGUGGCCAUCUUAACUGAGAGUUAAAAUGAUACACAGUAGAUAUUCAAAAGGUUUAGAGAAGAUCCUAUGGCAGUCAUAGAGGUCAUGCAGUGAAGCGAUUCCCAUGCCCACACCAUAAAGCCAUGCAUGAUUUAGCAGAAGGGCACCAGUGAAAUCCAUUCUCCUCCACUGAAACCCCUCAUAUUUCUUAUUUUACUCAUACAUUUGAGAAAGUCCGCAAGAAAAAAUGGAUUCUACUGCUGCUUGGAAAAGAUGGUCAAGAAUAUAAAUUAGACAGAUUAUUUUUUAUGUUUUUGGUAUAGUAUUAGGGACAAUAAAGUGUUCAUCCCAUAGCAGGGUCAUCAUUUCAGGUGUAAGAACUACAAUUACAGAAUGAGUCCUAGUCACUCAUAGUCAUUAUAACAAAACAGUUUCUCUUGUGAAAGCAACAGGUUUAUUCUUAUAUAAUUUACAGUGUAAUAAGAAUGUAUCACAUAUCAUAUCAAUCCCAUUUCAGAAAUAUGAAUUCAUCUACAUUUCAAAUUACCAUGCAAAACUGCAAAUAUUCCCACCAUAUUUUAUGUGGUCUUUUUAUAGACUAGGCUACAAUGAAUCUUUUUGGAUAGAGAGGUUGAUUUGAGGCAUUUCUCAGAUAAAUGUUUCCUCUCUCAUAACCCGCUGUUCCCAUUCACUCUCGCCCUGUGCAGUUCUUCGCUGCUUGGAUCUUGGUCUGCGCGUAGCUGCAGAGCGGUCGGGGUAGAUUCAUUCAGAACCAAAUGCGUGUGUGACAGGCUCUCCACCUUCGCCAUUUUAGCGCGGAUAAACCCUGAUAUGGUAAGUGUUGCCUUUAUUUACCUUGUGUUUCUUUAAUGUUAACGUUCGUUAUGUGUGUGUGAUGGAAUAAUUAAAUGUAAACGUAGGCGUUGUUUUUCGAAUGGCUCUGUUUCGCGCUGCCACCCUCCCCUUCUUUGUCUCUGUGCAGGUGCCAUUGACCAUAGAUAGGUUUGAUAGACUGGUGAUUUUAAUGAUCAGAUAAAUAACUGUGCAACAAACAUGGCGACAUUCGAUACAUAUGGAAUGCCAUUUCUAUCAAAAUAACGGUCGACAAAUGGUAGGCUAAUAAUAGGCCUAAUCGUUACAUUUGAAAGAUGGUUUUCAAUUAGACUUAUUUUCUUAUUCAAAUAUGUGCAAAUAACAUUCCCGUGUGUGCAUUAAUAAUCGGAGGCAAUUCUGUGUAAUUCUUAUCAAUUGAAUGAAAUAGAUAAAUGAAUGUUUAAAAACAUAAAGCUAAAUAUUUUCAUUGUAACCUACAAAUAGAGUGAAUAGCUACAAGCGUCACCUGGAAAAUCACAUCAGAAUUUGUUCGACAUAUCAGAAAUGUGUCUACAUUUGUUCUUUAAAUCUAUUUUUUUUAUCAAGAUUAUUAAUUCAUGCAUUUUAGUUAUUCAAAUUCAUAGGGGGUUGCAUUGUAUAGUUUUCACAGCAUGCAUUGACUUGGUGUAACAUAUACUUUGAUUAGGGUAUUCAUUCUAUCAAUGAGCAAAGAGCUCUACUGCGCAAAGGCAAUGUGUAAUUGACCACAGUUUGGAUUGUGCCUCCAUUGCAGUUCACUCUCUAGUUGCCCUGGUAACGACUUCUGCGGCGCAAACUUGGUCUGUGUGAUUUUUUGUAACCCCCCCCCCCACGAACAAAACCAGACUUUCAAUCAACAGAUGGGUCAGGCUAUUACAAUUCAGAGAAAUGCAUGUUUGUCUCAGAUCGGUUUAAUUGCGCAUAUGAUUACCUUCCAUUCCACUGCAAAGAUCAGAUACUAACCUGUAGUGGGCCCAGCAGAAUAGAUAUACAGCAUGUCUAAGCCUAUACAAAUGCACAGUCAGUCAGUAUGCUUGGACUGCAUGAUUCAAUUGCAUCCAGCAAAAGAUGCUGCCAAUCUGAAAAUAAGAGAUGCAAUCUGGGCUUUGUUUGUCUCGAGACCUGUUGUCAUCGAUUUGAUUUGUCUGUUGCUGGUCUGGAAAAGAGAAAGGCAGCUACAGCGCCCCCUGUGUUUGUGAGAAGACAACAAAAGCAGCCACCCCUACUCCCCUAUAGUCGACGGCCAGCUACGCCAAUCAUUUAGUCUGCCAAUACUUCUGAAUCCUCUAUUACACCCCCCCCCAUCAUCUUCCCUCCCAACCCACCCCUAUGGGUCGCAUCAAGUCUCUCUGAAAAAUGCCAAAGACGCUGGCCAAUGAGAGGCAGAUGUCUAGUUGUGCAUUGAUGGUUCCACCCGCCCUACCAUCCUUUGAUGUGUGCCGUAGACAUUUUCAGAGGAGAGGAGAGAAGAGGAGAGCCAGACACUGCAGUUUUUCAGCUCUCAUUUGAUAAGGUCUGCUUCCUGGACCCUGCACCAAUGAGAACGUGUCUUGGACACAUGAUCAAAGAGGCAGAAGUGGCCCACCUAGUUAGUCAGUGAAGAUAACCUUGACCAAUGGACCCCAAUUAGAGCGAUGCGCACUGGGUAAUCAAUCCCUAUCACAAAUGAAAAUGCACACUUAAUAGGCACCAUAAAGGACUUUUUUUUCUCCGUCCUGAUUUUAGGUUUAGGAGAAAAUGGGAACAUUGGGAUUCCUUCAAGGGCAAAAGCAAGACAUGGCUCAUAUUUAGGUCAAACUCACAGGAUGAAUUACAGUUUCACUCAGUAGCCAAUAGCGAAAGGCAGCAUCAACCCAGAUAUACAGAUAGAUAGGGAGGGAGACAGUGAAGCUAGCAUAUUGCUGCCACAGUUAUUUUUCUCCCUGGCAUUAGCAAAAGGUGGAAGCAAAAGGCAGUUCAGCUCACCCCUCCGCUAUCUGCCAUCUGGUUUGGGAGUCUCUGAUGUAGUUGGAUUGAUUUCUAAACAAAUUUGCUGUGCUAAUUUAGUAUUUGGCUGCCGUAGGCCCUGGUUUGCCAGCUGUGCUGUGAUAUGAGGUACGUCCACGCAGAGAGCAGAUAGCGAUAGAGACAGCCCUCCAAGGCACCGCCUUCAUCCCCAUUUUACCCUCUCAGACAUUAUCUGCAAUGCCAAAGCAAUGUGGCUCUUUGUAUUUCCUAUGCUACAGACACAACAUUUUAUGGGUUUAUCAUAAAAAUCCAAUGGAGGGCGUAGCCAAUUUCAUUUUCCUUGCACUUCCUUGCAAUUUCAUUUUCCUUGCACAGGUUUAUCACAUUUGAAGCAUCGUUCUACUUUUUUUUUCUUCUUCAGCAUUUAGCUCACUCCUUAGCCUUUUUUCACCUCUUUAUAAGUGCCACAAUUCCUAACCCCUAUCAAAAUGCCUAAUUAGACUCUUCGCCUAUGAAGGCUUCCACCUUGGGCGCCUGAACAUGAUUCGACCGCGUCUCAUUUGCACCACGGUGAUGCAGAUUCAUCUAUGGUGUUAAAUUAACUCAACCCCCACAAAAUCUAUCAAAGCAUGUGGACGAAGCCCCAGCCAAUUAGCCCCAGCCAAUUAGCCCCAGCCAAUUUGCUGGUGGGAGCGGGUGGGGGGUACUGGGUCCCUCUCAUCACUGUUGGUGCCCUCGUGGCCCCACAGGUGAGUCAGCAGCAGGGCUAAUAGGGGUGCGACAUCCUCUCCCGUGUGCCCGCCGCUAAGGGUUCAGCGUGCCAGGCCUAUCUGAGACACAGGCGGGCACUUCCACUGGCACUAGCAGGGCACUAAGCUGCUGUCAGAGGCGUGGGAGGGCAGGGGGUGGCAGAUUAAUGCACAGGUGAUAACAGCCCACCUAUCCACUCCUGCAGGGAGGGGUAAUAUGACACUAGGCACACACACAGACACAGUAAAAAUCCCCUCAUAGACAGGCACAACGGCAUAUAAAUCUAUGCAGAUAUCAGCUUGUAAGGAUGGCUGGUGAUACGUAGAAGAUUACCACUGCAGCUAUAGCCACCACUGUGGCACCACAAUGGCAGGAGAAAAUAACAGCAAGCCACCACGCUGAAACGCCUGGGAUAUUUCUCUCUCUCUCUCUCUCUCUCUCUCUCUCUCUCUCUCUCUCUCUCUCUCUCUCUCUCUCUCUCUCUCUCUCUCUCUCUCUCUCUCUCUCUCUCUCUCUCUCUCUCUUACCCUCUGCUCAGUAGCGGGAUAUAUAUGUUCUGAAUCCUCCAUGCCUCAUUUGCUGGUUCAAAAGCUCAAUGGGAAAACGCAGUGACCUCGGCCAAGUCUUUGGCUCACCGCUCCAUCUUUCUGACACGUUCACCUUGGGGUCACCUUGCCUUAGCCGUGGCCUAAUUGUGCCAUUCAGCCGUCUGCUGUUCCAGAUAGUGCAGCAGAGAGCAGACUCACUGCCAGUGUUUGUGUGUGUUUUCAUGCGUUAGCCUUUUUCGUGUGUGUUUGCUGGUGUGCAGCAUAGUAAGGGAAUGUGUUGUCGUGUCUUGUCUCCUCUACAGAACAUGGAUAAGAAUCUGCUUCCCUCUGUGACGCUCAUCGUAGGCUGUGGGGUCUCCUCUCUCACCCUUCUGCUCCUCAUCAUCAUCUAUGUCUCCGUCUGGAAGUAAGUGCCCCCUGGAAGCAAAACCACCUUUAGAAAUGUCAGUAGUAUCAUAUUUCUUUGUGUGCGCAACACGCUUUGUCUUCCCCCCAUUCUCACACUCUCCUUUUCGUCCUCCAGGUAUAUCCGCUCGGAGCGCUCAGUGAUCCUCAUCAACUUCUGCCUGUCCAUUAUCUGCUCCAAUGCCCUCAUUCUGGUUGGACAAACCCAGGCUCGCAACAAGGUAGGGCACAAUUCUAACCAAUCCCCACUCUCCUUUUUCUUCUUCUCUAUGGCUUUGACUGCUUUGAGGCCUUGAAGAUUAACCGCACCACUGACACCAUUUUUCUCUCACUCUCUUUCUCUCUUUCCCUCCUUCCUUCAGGUGGUGUGUGGAAUGGUGGCCGCCCUCCUUCACUUCUUCUUCCUCUCAUCUUUCUGCUGGGUGCUGACGGAAGCAUGGCAGUCCUACAUGGCUGUCACGGGCCGCCUGCGCAACCGCAUCAUCCGCAAGCGUUUCCUCUGCUUGGGCUGGGGUACGUACCCUAAUAAAUGGCUUUCUGUCUGUCACUGCGUCUGUAUUUCUGUCCAUAGAAAUAUAAUAACUAGAGUGGGCAUCCCCAUUCAAAGUGUAAAUAAAGUAAUCAUUUGUUUAUGACUCUGUCACUGUGUCUAUGUAUCUGUCUUUCCUCUUCCAGACUUCACCUAAUUCCAACCAUCUUUCCAACCAUGUUUUCCUGUAUUUCUGCCAUUUAUUUCUCAUUCAAUCCUAACUCUGUUCGUUCUCUCUCCCUCUCUCUUAUAGGACUCCCUGCUCUGGUGGUGGCUGUGUCUGUUGGAUUUACCAAGGCUAAAGGAUAUGGCACCGUCAACUAGUAAGUUGAACCUAAAUCUGUCUCUUCCUCCCCACCUCUCUCUCUCUUUCUUCCCCCCUCUCUCUUUCUCUCUAACUCCCUUUCUCCAGCUUAUGUAAUAAUUGCUCUUGUUCUGUCUGUUCCCUGUAGCUGCUGGCUCUCGCUGGAGGGUGGACUCCUCUACUCGUUCGUUGGACCCGCUGCUGCUGUUGUUCUGGUAUGUAUCCAUGUAUAUCUACAAUUAUUUUAAAAUACAUAAAAAUACUUAUUAAUGAAUGCUUUACCAUACAUUAUCUUAUGACAUAUAGUAGUUAAACCAAUUGCUAAUCAUUGCUAACCAUAUUGUUUAGCAUUGUUAAACCCAUUGCUCACUACAAUUGUCUUACUCAUCGUGUCUUUAACUUCUUUUGAACAGGUGAACAUGGUAAUUGGUAUCCUGGUCUUCAACAAACUGGUGUCCAAGGACGGCAUCACUGAUGUCAAACUGAAGGAGCGAGCGGGAGCGUCACUGUGGAGCUCCUGUGUGAUUCUGCCCCUGCUGGCCCUCACCUGGAUGUCCGCUGUCCUGGCCAUGACCGACCGCCGCUCCGCUCUCUUCCAGAUCCUCUUCGCUGUCUUUGACUCCCUAGAAGGGUUCAUAAUCGUCAUGGUGCACUGCAUCCUGCGUAGAGAGGUAAGCACAAUGUUUUCAAGUUGAAAGUUAUUUUCCUAUGUUUUUGUUUGUAUUGAAGGGUGUUUCAGAAUGUAGCUGACUGUUUGGUCAUUUCGCCACCAUUCUAAUAGGUCCAAGAGGCAGUGAAAUGCAGAGUAGUUGACCGUAAGGACGAUGGCAAUGGAGAUUCUGGCAGUUCCCUCCAAAAUAGCCACCACACCCAGCUCAUGGUGAGUGUCUUUGGUUAUGCUUAUAGUGUCUUGAAUGAAAUCGUUAUGAAUUAAUGAAUGAAUCUUGUGUUUUCAAUGUAAAUCAGUACUAAUUAAACCAUCACUUUGUAUUUUGUUUUACAGUCUGAUUUCGAGAAGGAUGCUGACUCCAACAGACCUGGUGAGCCUCUUUCCUUUCAUUACUCUCCUAACCAUUUUUCUAUUCACUUACUUAAAUGCCCUUUCAUUCCUGGAGGGCAUUUAUUUGUCAAUUUAGAAUGAAGAUAUUUUAGAGGCAUGUUGCUACUUAAGGAAAACAUUUCAGCAAAUCUAUUAUUUACAUUUGACCAUCCUUUCAAUCAAUGUGAAUCAACAGACAUGCCCAGCAUGAUUGUACUGUAAGUGCACUCUCUUACCUAUUUGCCCCCACCCCUCCUCUCUAUUCUAGGUGGUAUGAGCUCCUCCUGUGAGGAGAAGAUGCCCCUCCCACCUCAGCUGCCUCUCCCCAUGAGCUCCAACUUCCACACCCUGCCCUCCCACACCACCAAGGCCCACAUGCAGGCCGUGCCCGAGUACUCCAGCCACACCCUCACCCUGAAGAGGGAGAAGAGUCGGCUGCAGGGCGGCAUGGACCCGUCCUCCUGCGGGAAACCCGUCUACGUGCGCGACGGCGAGCUCUUCCAGCAGCUGGAUGCCGACCUGGCACGUGGCCAGGCGGAGGGAAGCUGCCCCGACGGUAGCAGCUACUUGCUCCUGCCCAACACCACCUCCACCCUUCGCAAGGCCAAAGAGGACCUGUCCAAGUACAACAUCAGUGUGGAGAAGCUUCCACAGACCAGGCUGGUUCAUCUCAGCGGGCCCUUCGCUGAGCCCCAGGCCGCCUUCGGACUCAAGACGCUACCGUCUGACCGGGUCAGCGUAUCCUACUCGGAGAGGGACUCUCCCGUCCAGAACAUACACAACAUGUCCAGCGAGUCUCACAUCACCCACAGCAGCCUAGGAGACACCUUCGACUCCAUGAACUCCAUGAUGUCCAAGAGCGAGACCAUCUCCACACUGUCCAUGAGCUCCUUGGAGAGACAGAAGUCCCGUUAUGCUGAAUUAGAUUUCGAGGUAUGUAUCUGUAUGUAACCAAGACAAUGUUGUUAUAUAACAAAUACUUUAUUAUCAUGUUAAUAUAACAUCUGUAAACUUGUAAAAAACAUGUAAUAACUUCAAAGAGCUAAAUGUAAGCAAUCUCAAGUGCAUAUUUGUAUAUUAACCAAUAAUCUGGAUAGAAUUAAUCAGUAGGAAAUUAAAUGUGUCUAAAAUGGGGUUAUUUUGUGCCAUUUGCUGACCUACUAUUCUUAUUCCCAUGUGUCCUGUAGAAGAUAAUGCACACAAGGAAACGUCACCAAAACAUGUUCCAGGACCUCAACAGGAAAUUACAUCACGCUGAGAAACAAGACAGAGAGUCCCCUGCUUCAGACAGCAAGGUAAAUAAUCCUAUAGAAAUCUAUUUUACAGUGUACCUACAGAUUCACAUACAGUUAUUAGUAUUUUUAUUUAAGAUAAAUACAUCAGAAAAGAAAUGGGUAGUCGCUAGGCUAGACAACAUUAACAAAUAGAGAAUGAGAGAGACCAUUCCAAGCCAUGAAACAUCUUUAAUCAGAUUCGUCAUGCAGACAUGCUGAGUCUUUAUUUACAUAAAAGUAUUGUUCUGGAAGAAAACUUGACCUCAGCAAACCAUAUUGACCUCAGCUAUCAUUGAAAUAGCAUUAAUAGUCUUUUAAGAUCAGUUAAAUAAUUAUGUUUUCUUUUAUUCUUCCUAACAGUCUGUGAGAUGGAGUGUGUCCUCUGGAGGAAGUGACAAAACUAACCACAGCGUGAGUCCUAUUACCCAUAUUGGUCUAACUGACUUAAUACGCCUUUUAAGGCAUUUUAAAUAGGGCAUACUCAGCAUUGCAAUGCACUAGCCCCCCAGUAUUAGAGGAACAGUUCGUCCACAUUACACAAUUACAUCAUUAUUUUUAAGUUAUCUUAAAGGUAGUUAAUGACUAGUCGAUUGACAGUUGAUUGAUUAAACAAGGAAUACUACAAUAACUGACCCUUGGUCUGCCUAUCAACCAGAUUCACAAUUUUCAUUACAAUAUAGGUCCAGCUUUAUUGCAUUGAAUGUAUCGAAUCCAAUGUGGGUCUAUUGAUGAUACCAAUACUCAUGGCCUUCCUCUUUUCACCUUAUCAGGACAAGCAGCAGCCACAGGUGGAGAGACCAUGGGAGGGGAUCCAGAGGACCCAGCACUCUCCCCCCGCCUGGGUGCGGAAGGACCUGGAGCCCCUGGCCGCGUCACCCCUGCAUAUGCAGCAGGUGGAGUGGGAGAAGGCUGGAGCCACCAUCCCAAUGGUCAGCCAAGAUAUCAUCGACCUGCAGACGGAGGUCUGAGAGGAGGAGCCUGAGAUUGUUCCUUAUAGUUCAACCUUGGUCACCUAUUCUAUUGGUUGGAGGAAAAGAAGAGCCAUGGAUCCACAUGGAUAGAGUAGAGGAAGCCAAGAACAAACGAGUGAAGAGAGGAGGGGGAAGAGAUAGCUGAGAGAGUGUUGAACCCAGAAUCCAUGUCUUCAAACCCUCAGAAAGAGAAGGAUGGAGAGAUGGAAGAAGGAAGGCUAUUGUGUUGUGCUGUAGGGAUUUUGUUUUCCAGCAAGGACUUGAUAAUGAGCAACACUAGAGAAGCACUGUGAUACUGACUGGCGGUUAAUGUCAGUUAGUGACGGAUGGUUCCAAGGACUGGUUCUGGUUCUGUUCGCGGUCCGACCACUGAGAGGUUUCUUACCGACUGGGCUCAGGAGAGGUGUGGUCAACAUGGUUAACAUGCAGUCAACAUGCCCCUUUGACUCGUUUUAAAACGGUGGGUCUCACUUUACCCGGGAGCUCCAACCAAAACUAACAUUUUUACGCUUGUGUUUGCGGCCAAGGCAUCUUCCAAGUUAGCUAGGACAAGGCAAGAGGAGCAGACUGGACUCCCUUCAGACUUGGGGUCUGACUCAAUGCUGUGGUUUAUCAAUCAAGGCUUGAUCAUGCUAACAGAGCUGAGCAUUAUUAUUGUUAUUAUUAUUAUU